AUGGACUCAAGGAACGCCUUGUUCGGAAGGGGCCCCCGUGCCGGCGGCGGGCUCCCUGGCAGACAAGUCAGUGGUCAAGCACCACCUCCGGCGCCACGCGACUAUGGCGCUCCACCCCAAGAUUACAACUCAUACGGCGCCCCAUCCCCGAAUAUGAAUCGGCAACCCCAGAGAAUGUCUGGCGGCUACGGCGGGGGAGGUGCUGGCGCCACUGCUCGAGCCAUACCUUUGAGCAUCGAGAAGCUUCCCAACGGUCACGAGUUCAUUUUCAGAAACUUGUCGGCAGUCUGCCCCGACGACUUCCCGACACGCGACCCAGGUGCCGAUGUUUACGUGUUAUUGAGGGGCCCCUUUGGCGAGUUUGUAGUCACGGCCCGCCCGCUACCCGGAUUCCCGAGGGGAAAGAUCAGUCUCGCAGAACACCAAAGAUCAUGGAUGGGCAUUGCUUUGCAGGAUCAAUUCACUGGAGAGGUCUAUGAUCCCUUUUCCCAGGGCAAGAGGGUGUACUUGGGCACUAUGGAUCUCGAUAUUGCAUUUGCCCGCUCCAAGAUGACCGAUGUCCCGUACGACCAAGACAAGCUUGCCGAAGAGAUCGCGCGUCUCUUCCAGAACCAGAUGUUUUCGCCGGGCCAGAAGUUCCUCAUGGAUGCCCAGAGCAUUCCUUUGAUGUUCACGGUCAAGUCGGUGAACCUAGUUGACUUGAGCAUGGAAAAGGGAGCUGCCUCUGGCUCACCAAAUACGAGCGACCGCGGCGUCAGGGGUAUUCUCACCAACGUCGCUACCAUCAACUUCUUCAAGGAUGCCAAAUCACCCAUCAAGCUCAAGGGCUCAGCACGGAGAGUCGCGGCCAAUGCCAUAUUGGCUCCAGAUUUCAAGUUCGAGGACCUAGGCAUUGGAGGUUUGGGCGAAGAGUUUGAGACCAUCUUCAGACGAGCAUUUGCAUCGCGUCUCGUGCCACCCGGAAUCAUCGCGCAGAUGGGUAUUGAGCACGUCAGAGGUAUGCUGCUUCAUGGCCCACCCGGAACAGGAAAGACUUUGAUUGCCCGACAGCUGAGCAAGAUGCUGAACGCUCGCGAGCCCAAAAUUAUCAAUGGUCCUGAAAUUCUGAACAAGUUCGUCGGUCAAUCCGAGGAGAACGUCCGUAAAAUGUUUGCAGAUGCUGAAAAGGAGUACAAGGAGAAGGGUGACGAGAGUGGGCUACAUGUCAUCAUCUUUGAUGAGUUAGAUGCCGUCUGUAAACAGAGAGGAAGUGGAGCCGGCGGCGGCACAGGUGUUGGUGACAGCGUCGUGAACCAACUUCUUACAAAGCUGGAUGGUGUUGAGGCGCUCAACAACAUUCUUCUCAUCGGAAUGACGAAUCGCAAGGACAUGAUUGACAGUGCUCUACUUCGUCCUGGACGUCUCGAAGUUCAUGUUGAGAUCUCACUUCCAGAUGAGAACGGCCGGCAGGAAAUCUUCAAGAUUCGUACUGCGGAAAUGCGAAAAUCUAACAGAAUGGACGAUAGUGUGAGCCUCGAAGGUCUUGCCAAGUUGACCAAGAACUUUUCCGGUGCUGAAAUCGCCGGUGUCGUGAAAGCGGCUUCUGCUAUUGCUUUCGCUCGAGUGACCAAACUCGGCAAAAACUCCGGCGGGCAUCAGAUCGACUAUGACGCAAUCAGAGUCACAAUGGACGACUUCACACGAGCAGUAGACGACAUUGAGCCGGCCUUUGGUGCCACUGGGGUGGACUUCGAGAAUAUCGCCCAGUUUGGCAUAAUGCGAUUCAGCAACAACAUAGAACGUAUUUUGAACGACGGACAAGCCUACGCCAAUCUUGUGCAGACGGAUUCUAGGCAGACACGUCUUUCCCUUCUUCUAUAUGGCCCUGACGGCUCGGGAAAGACGUCCGUAGCCCUGGAGAUUGCGAGACGUGCAGACUUCCCAUUCAUCAAACUUGUCACCGCCGACGACAUGCUUGAACUGAGCGAGCAGGCCAAAAUUGGUCACCUCAAAAGGAUCUUCAGCGAUGCUCACAAAUCACCGAAUAGUUGUAUCAUUCUCGACGGUUUAGAGACUAUCAUUGAAUGGACACCAGUCGGACUUCGCUUCCAAAACGGUGUCCAAGUCGCAAUGGCCGCUUUGAUGGGCAAGAACCCUCCUCGAGGCAAGCGUCUCCUAGUUAUAGCCACCACUUCGCGUCGUGAAGCUUUCAAGCAGUUUGACGUUCUCAAGUUUGAUCAUGAAACUGCCGUCCCUGCAGUCCGAGAUGUCCAAGAGCUUGAGCAUGUGCUAUCUGAACGUGGUGUGCCGGCGCAGGAUGUUGAAUUUGUCGCCAAUGAAUGGCAAGAGAUAAGGGGUACCCGAGACGUCGGUAUAGGCGUCAAAAAGGUGUUGGCUGUAGCGGGUGCCGCGUUUGCGCGUGCGGGAGCAGGCGAUGGCAGGGCAGUCGGCCAGAUCAUUGCAGACGACCUUUUGUCGUUAGACGUGUAUUAA